GGGGCCGCGAGGGGAUUUCCCGUGCUCCGCCCCGUGACGCCUCGGGGGACACGCACUUCCUGCGUCCCCGGAAGUGGCGUGAGCGCCAGGCCGGCCCGGUGGAGGCGGAAGUGGAGCCGCCCCGAGGUGUCUCCGUGCCGCCCGCUCCUCAGCCCAGCGGUGCCUCGGCCCAUGGCCGCGUAUCCGUACCGCCCGGGCCCCGGGGCCGGCCCUGCGGCGGGCGCGGCCCUGCCGGACCAGAGCUUCCUGUGGAACGUCUUCCAGAGGGUUGAUAAAGACAGGAGCGGGGUGAUCUCGGACAACGAGCUUCAGCAAGCACUAUCCAAUGGCACGUGGACUCCAUUUAAUCCCGUGACUGUCAGGUCGAUCAUAUCUAUGUUUGACCGGGAGAACAAGGCCGGCGUGAACUUCAGCGAGUUCACUGGCGUAUGGAAGUACAUCACAGACUGGCAGAACGUCUUUCGCACCUACGACCGGGACAAUUCUGGGAUGAUUGACAAGAACGAGCUCAAGCAGGCGCUCUCAGGGUACCGGCUCUCUGACCAGUUUCACGACAUCCUCAUUCGAAAGUUUGACAGACAAGGACGGGGGCAGAUCGCCUUUGACGACUUCAUCCAGGGCUGCAUCGUCUUGCAGAGGUUGACGGAUAUAUUCAGACGCUACGAUACGGAUCAGGAUGGCUGGAUUCAGGUCUCAUAUGAACAGUAUCUUUCCAUGGUCUUCAGCAUCGUAUAACCCUGGCCUUUGGCAAAUAGCAACGUAACUUACGGAAAAAAAGACAUUUUCAAAUGCCAAAUCUUUUAACCUUUAAUUAAAUGGAACAGAAACGGUUAGAUACUGUUUUUCCUUUAGAUUUUAUAUAAUAUUUGGGAAUCCAACUGUACAUAUGUGGAUAAGCAGAUUAAUGUUUUGCGAUUGUAACAAUAGUUAAAUCAUUAUUCAGAUAGAGACAUUUGAUUUGGUGACUGUUUAAUUGUGCCAUGAAGUCGGAUAGAAUAAUGUUUCACGUAUCCUGCAAGCUGAAAAUGCAUCAUGUGCUUUUCUAGAUAGCUCUAGUUCUGUAGUGCAAAUACUUUUAUUAGCCAAUAGGAAUUUUAAAAUAAUAUGAAACUUACACAGAGAGCUUUUCAUGUGCCUUUUUUAAAAAGGGGUUUAUUGUAUUCAUUUGGAUAUGCAAUGUAAGCAAUAAAGCACACGUGCCCCUUGUCUCA